AGUAUGUAUAUGUAGAGAAUUGCAUAUGUACGUACAUAUAUCUAAAUACCGAUAUGUCAAUAUACAUGCCACACUAGUAGUCAGUAGCAACGGUUUUCGGGGUGACGACUGUGAAACGCGCGCGCAUGAUUUUUUUGUAACUGUGUGCGUGCAACUACAUAUUGUACACAUGCAUGUGUAUUAUUGCUUGUGAGAUUCUAUUCAAUUGUUGUGCUGGGUGGGAAAAGUAAAGCCGGCGCGUAGUGAGUACAAAACAGUUUGGCCGGUGACGUCCUCCGGUGCAGAGCAAUGCUACUAGUGUUACUUUCAGGCGGUCGUUGACUGCCCGCGAAAAACCAGUCGGAAAAUUUUCGGUUGAAUUGUGACGACUAAAUAAAAACGAAUUGGUAUAUACAUAUAUUCAAUGCAUUUUCACGCAUCGACGCGACGUUACGCGAAUGUGAACUUGAAGGUUGCUGAAUCUUAAUAAUAUUGACAACGCGUGUGCUUAUGUUUUUGCCACAAGUUUAAAUUGUUUUUAGUGAAAAAAUAUUUUUCGAUCGGAUAGUUAACAUAUUAAUAAAACAAAAAUAUUUUACAACUUGUAAAACGAGUCCAAUGAGUCUCAUUACUUCACGAAAUGGCUACACUCGAAGCGGAGAAUGUAAAAAAUGAAAAUGACACCAGUUUCGGUGGUAAACGUGUAAAUAUUUCUAAAACGCCAUCUCUGGCAUCCUCACGUGCACCAAACAAGGCGCGACUAAUGCCAGAUGGAGAAGAUGGCACAACUGCCGAAAAUAUUCAUUUGGACGAUUUAUACACACGAUAUCGCCAACGACUUCGUAAGUCUCUUUUUACGUCUGGCCUACUAAUAUCGCUGGUCGCAUGUAUUGUCUCCAUAAUUAUUGGUAUCAUAUAUGAACAAAGCUUAACACAGUUAUGUUUACUCUCUCUGGCUGCCACAAUAUCAGCAGGAAUAUUGACAGCGCUACAAUUCUCAGCUGUGCUUAGCUCACCGGCGGCUGCAUUGGCAUUUGCCAUUCUUACAACUUUCUCGCUAGGGACAAUAGCUGCGAUUACAGGAGAAACAUUGGCACCAAUACCAUUAUUUGCCGUGUUUCUAGGUAUACAUACAAUGCUGCCAAUCUCCUGGCCAGUUUCUAUGGUGUUGGCGCUUUUCAUGACGGCGAUUCAUAUCAUAUAUCGCAUUGUGACCAGCAAGGAUUAUGCACCCAACUUGCCCCUCUUAUUUGGAGAAGUGAUCAUAUUAGCUUCGGCAUCCAUUUCCGGUCUCUAUUAUCGCAUAAUGUCAGAUGCGGCACACAAUCGAACUGUGGAUGGCACACGCACAGGCAUAGAACAACGCGUAAAACUAGAGUGUGAACGAGAACAACAAGAGCAACUCCUGCUUAGCGUUAUACCAGCUUACAUAGCGGCAGAAGUAAAGCGUAGUAUAAUGCUGAAAAUGGCGGAUGCCUGUCAACGCGCCGGAGGGCAAGCUACCUCAUCUGCUACUCGUUUUCAUGAAUUGCACGUGCAGCGUCACAACAAUGUAUCAAUUUUGUAUGCAGAUAUUGUAAACUUUACUCCAUUGUCAGAACAGCUUUCUGCCAGCGAUUUAGUGAAAACUCUUAAUGAUCUUUUCGGACGCUUCGACCAAAUUGCGGGGGAGAAUCAGUGUCUACGUAUUAAAAUUCUCGGUGACUGUUACUACUGUGUAUCUGGACUGCCCAUAUCAAGGCCGCAACAUGCUGCAAAUUGUGUAAACAUGGGUUUACAAAUGAUCGAUGCCAUAAGACAUGUGCGUGAGGCGACCGGAAUUAAUGUUGACAUGCGAAUAGGCAUACAUACUGGUAAUGUGCUUUGUGGUGUCCUUGGCUUACGCAAGUGGCAAUUUGAUGUUUGGAGUGACGAUGUUACACUGGCAAACCAUAUGGAAAGUGGCGGUGUAGCGGGACGAGUUCACAUAACGAAGCAAACUCUGGAGUUCCUCGGUGACAAAUUCGAAGUUGAAGAAGGAAAUGGCGCAAGUCGAGACAGUUAUUUGGCAGAUCAUAAAAUAGAAACAUACCUCAUAGUGCCCCCAAAGAAAAUUAUCUAUUCCCAUAGUGUCCCACAAGUUAUCGAAAUUACUACUUCUUCAGAGGCUCAACCAAGUGAUUGUGAUGUCACAGAACGUCUUUUACCGAUUCCUACACCCACUAGUAUCUCAAAUGUGAACAUAGCAUUGUCUUGUGGACACAAAACUCCUAAUCAAGAAGAUACGAUUUCUACAGGUGGCAUUAGCGGUAUUAGUGGCGGAAUAUUUCCAAUAGAGCGUGGAAAACUAUCUCCUUCGUCCACAAACAGCCAAGAUCCAAUCAUGACCAAAUCUAUGUCCAUCAAAGAACUAUCAGAAGAAGAUGAAGAUGAUGUAAUGAUACAAUUAUCUAACCCAGAAGAAGAGAAUAAACAUAAUGGAGCCACAAAUAUGAGCACGGUCUUAAAUGAGGGUCAAACUGUGGAAUCUAAGUCAUCAUUGUCUUUGCCCAAUGAAUAUGUUAAUAGUGCAAGUACAAAAAAUAUUGGCAAAUUGGAAGUUGGCGCCAACGCAAAUAGCAUCGCUUUAACAAACUCAACGGCGCCUUCAUCAACGUUAACCAACAGUUUAAUGGUUACUGAAGGACCCGAAAAGAUACGACGAAAACUUUCUGUACAAGGUCUUAUCUCUUUUGCGGACAGAAGACGUUCCUCCGGCGCUUUUGCAGAUGGUCGCAAAUUAUCCAUACACAGUGGUGAGAGUUUUCGCAGUCAUAGCGGUCAUGUUAAUCGUAAUCGCCCAUCAUCCAAAAUGACUAAAUAUGUGGAGUGUUGGGGUGCUGAUAAACCGUUUGCUAACAUUGCAGAAUCGAAAUUAGUCAAAAACAUAGGACUCGCAAGCAUUGCUAUGAUUGAAUCCAACCUCUUGCCACCAGAACGUAAAUGCUUCAAUUUCAAUUUCUUUGGACCCCCUACGGAGUUAAAACCGGUUACAUUAUGGUACCGCAACUCUCCACGGGAGGCAAUGUACCGUGCGCAACCAGAUACACAUUUUCGUUUCGAUUUAAUUUGCACAUUUCUUCUUUACCUCUCUAUUACAUUAAUUCAGCUAAUCGCUUUCGAGAAGAAUAUUGCUUUAAUUGGCUCUCUGGCAGCCAGCUUUAUCUCACUCACCCUUUUCCUAUACCUCAGCAAUAUCCAAGUUCCCGAAAUCAAUGCAUCAACAACUGACCGCAACGGACCGGGUCAAGUGGUAGCAAGCAGUCGAUAUAUUCGUCUUGCUAUUUUCAUUAUAGUAAAUACACUAAUAUCAGUGACUGCAGUUUUCAAUGUGAUAAACUUUGUUAAUAAUGAGAAUUUUGAGUCAAUAAAUGUAGAAAGUAAAAUUAACAACUUAUCCAUGUCGGUAGUCAAUGAGACGUCUGAGCCAGGUGUCACGUAUACUAAUCUACAGGAGAAUGCGUAUAAUUUAAAUCAAAUAGAAAAUGCACCAAUAUAUCUGUUCUGCUCUGCUAUCAGUCUAGCAGCGAUAUCUGCUUUCUUGCGCUCCGGUUUUAUUCUUAAACUAAUUACAAUGGUUGCGGCACUCAUCUGUCAGAUAGUUAUGCUGAGCUUCAGUGACCUCUAUGAAAUAUAUAAUCACCUUCAACUCAACUCUUUGCCUAUAGACUUUAAAGGUUUCCUCUUAUUGCUAUUGGUGGUUGCGGUGCUGCAUACUCUCGAUCGACAAGGCGAAUAUGUGGCUCGCACAGACUUUCUGUGGAAAGCAAAAUUAAAAGUGGAGCAAGAAGAAGUGGAAACAAUGCGAGGCAUUAAUAAAAUUCUUUUAGAAAAUAUUUUGCCCGCUCACGUAGCCACUCAUUUCCUUCAUCAGGAGCGGUCUACUGAGCUAUAUCACGAGAGCUAUUCUUGUGUAGCUGUGAUGUUUGCUUCGAUACCAAAUUAUAAAGAAUUUUAUGAUGAAACUGAUGUCAAUAAACAGGGACUUGAAUGUUUGCGACUACUAAAUGAAAUUAUAUGUGAUUUUGAUAAGUUGCUUCUGAAACCUAAAUUUAGUGGCAUUGAAAAAAUCAAGACUAUCGCAAGCACAUACAUGUGCGCAUCUGGUCUACGACCAGGUAAAGAAGAUGGUGCUAUGCGGAUUCGUAAUUUUUCCGAUGAGAAGCACACUGAAGAGCACAACGUCACCAUUCUAGUGGAAUUUGCGAUUGCGUUAAUGUCAAUAUUGGAUUCAAUUAAUCGAGAAUCAUUUCAAAGAUUUCGACUACGCAUUGGGCUAAACCAUGGACCGGUAAUUGCAGGAGUUAUCGGUGCCCAAAAGCCUCAAUAUGACAUCUGGAGCAAUACAGUGAAUGUGGCCUCACGCAUGGACUCCUGUGGCGUAAUGGGGAGACUUCAGACUACCGAGAAUACAGCAAAAGUUCUUAUGGCAGCUGGCUAUGAGUGCGAGUGCCGAGGUCUUACCUAUGUCAAAGGGAAAGGCAAUCUAGUCACUUAUUUUGUCAAGACACAAUUCGAUGGAAAAUUAUAAAAAAAAAAUCAAACGAGGAAAAUUAAAAAGAAAUAAAGUAAUAAAACAUGCUGAAACAGUAAAA